UUCGGCACUGCGGGAGCAGGUUAGGCGACUUUUACACCAGAACUCAUUUUCAGGAAGGAUAUAGACAGACGGCAAAUACCGAGAGCGCUCUGGAUUGUAAGGGUCGUGGUCCUUUCUGGCUUAUCCUAAGCAGACAUUUCUGAAGCAGAUCAGAGCGGCAGAUAAAAUGAGAGGAGUUUCCGUGGACUGGCAAGUACGUGGCGGCAGGAGCCGGUGCGGUUUGUGGCUGGGAGGACUCAUCAUCCUGCUUAUAUCUCCAGACUGUCUGGCCGGACUUGUAAAGACAGAGAAGAGCGUCACAGCAGUGCUGGGCCUCGACGUCAUCCUUCCAUGCUACUAUCAGGCCGAGGCCGGUGAAAAGGUGGCGCAGGUCGUCUGGUCCAAAAAAGUCCCGAAUGGUCAGAGCGUCCAGGUCGCCAUCUUAAAUACGGAGUACGGAGCCUACAUUUCCCCCUCAUAUGAGGGGCGCAUCAAAGAGAAAGAGCCAUUAAACUCAGCGGACGGGACGAUCGUCCUGAAGAACGCCGUCCAGGCAGAUGAAGGUCUCUACCAGUGUCUUAUCAACACCUUCCCCGCAGGAAACUUCGAGGCUGACCUGAUGCUCAAAGUGUUGGUGCCCCCUCUGCCCACGUUAAACCCAGGACCCUCUCUGGUCGAAGGUGAGGGAAAGACUCUGGCGGCUUCGUGCACCGCGGAGGGCAAUCCUGCGCCCGUCCUUCGCUGGGAGACAGACGUGGACGGGACCAACAUCACGCGCAGCACGGCGCACCCGCGAUCGGCAUCAGUGACCAGUGAGUUUUACGUGGUACCAAACCGCAGCAUGAAUGGGAAGCUGCUGAAAUGCGUGGUUUCCCAUCCCGGGUUUCAGCAUGAAAAGCGGAUCCAUCACAUUCUUGGAGUGAAAUAUUUGGGAGAGAUUUCUAUCCAGGGUCAUGAAGAGGCUUGGUUUGCAGGGAAGAAGGACGCCGUACUGAAGUGUUUGUGCGACGGAAACCCUGCCUCUGAAUUUAAAUGGUCCAGGGUGAAUGCUUCUCUCCCGAGUGACGUAGAGUUUAAUGGCGGCAGCCUGGUUUUUCCGAAGCCACUCACCGCAGCGGACGCUGGGAUCUACAUCUGCCAAGCAACCAACUCGGUCACCAGCAGAUCGACCAGUGUCAACGUCUCAAUAGCAGAAGGUGAGCCCCGAAAGGUGGAUUUGGUGACUAUAUCAAUGGUGGCUGUGGGAAUCCUGACUGCUUUGCUACUGGUGAUUCUGGUCAUAACUGUUCUCCUGGUCAACCGGCAUCACAAGCGAAGGACAAAGAGACUGUCCGAAAAAAUAGAAGAGCUCUCCACUCUAUCCAGGGAGGCAUCGCGGCGCAGACUCAACUCCACCACGGCCAGUACCGACACGAGGAUGCAGCUGGAAGAAAGUGUGCAUCUGAGAAACCAUCCCGACAGUCUGAGGGACCCCAGCAUCAGCUCCAUCAUGGGAGAGGACGCCGACAGACGCAGCUACUCCACGCUCACGACGGUCAGGGAAACGGAGACGCAGACGGAGCUCCUGUCCACCGUGCCGGAUGAAGAGGUUAAGGAGGAGGCUGAGGAUCUGGCUGAACAGGAGGAGCUCCAGGACGACAAAGAGGCAGAUCGGGCAGAACGGGACAGCACGGGGGUAAUGGAGAACCAGCCGUUCAUCAAGCAGGGGAUGACGCACUUUUAUCAAGAGAACGGCACGCUAAGGGCAAAGCCCAGCACCAACGGGAUAUACAUUAAUGGUCGGGGACACCUCGUAUAACCAUCAGCCAGGACUGCAUCACUAGCCGGCUCUUCGUUCAAUGGGGAGGAAGAACAUAUCCGCUCUAUUACAGGGUCAUUCCCCCUAAACCCUGAGCCCCGGGUAAUCCAGCCCAACCAAAAACUAAGAAAAUGUUCAUCCCGCGAGGGGUGUUCGCCAGUCGGAUGCUCUGGCUUUUACAGACUGUGAUAAGACUUAUUAAAGAUAAAAACGCCUGGAUAUGGAGCUGCCGAGUCAAUCGAGUGGAACUGACAAUGUUCUAAUAGUGCAGCGGAGAUUGAAGGACAGGUGCCUUAAUUCAGGACCCGAUGUAAAACGAGAUCCAGAGAUCUGAAUGGAGCAGCGGAACCUGAGUCAGUAUUACACUGUAUAUAAGAAACACUCGGCAACGAUACAAACAGCUACAGAACAUUCUUAGCGAAAAUCCCAACGAAACCGGCGACGGAAAGCGGCAAAUCCCAGGGUCUGGCAGCAAAAAACUUACAGAUAUCUACGGUGGACGCAAAGCGAGGAACGGGGGGGGUCGUAGGUUUAAAUCCAAUGUAUCA